AUGGAGAGCAAAUGGAGUGGCUGGGUGCUGAUCCUUUCUGUGUGCCUGGGCUCCUACCAAGCUGGGGCCAGCCCCCUCCACGAAUGCGGCGAGCGGCCGGAGGAUUGGUGCCGCGACGUGGCGACGGCAGCCAAGUGCGGGGCGCUGGAGCUCUGCCGGAUCACUGUCUGGGACCAGGCCCUGGGGCAGAAGGGGAUCCCGUGUCACCUGUGCCAGGUGGCGGUCUCCGUGGUGGGCAAGAUCCUGCAGGACAACUGCACCGAGGAAAAGCUGCGGCUCUUCUUGGAUAAGAAAUGCCAGUACCUGCCCUUCCAAGACUGGUCUGUCAAGUGCAAGAGGAUGGUGGACACCAGCAUCCUUAUCCUCAGCCAGCUGGGCAAGCAAGUGCUGUCAGACCCAAAGGUGGUAUGCGGGACCAUCAAGCUGUGCCAGCCCCGGGAGAGCCCCACGGGGGCCCUGAAGUUUCAGGAGCCACUGCCGGCCCCCGCAGGCCCCGCUCAGGACUUCGCCGACCUGGUCGCCCCCUUCAUCGCCAACGUGCCCUUCCUGCUCCAUCCCCAGGACCUGCCUCAUGGCGAGGCCAAGGAGAUGGAAGAGGUAUGUGGGGACUGCCUGCAGCUGGUGGCGGCCAUACAGCUGGAGCUGGGCACCGACACCGCCUUCACCCAGGCGUUGGUGGCCCAUGCCGAGCGGGCAUGCGAGGGCCUGGCACCCGACCUGGCACAGCAGUGCAAGCACUACCUGGCUGAGUACGCAGACAUAGCUGCCCGGCUGCUCCGGUACAUGCAGGCUGAGGACCCGAUGGAGCUGUGUGGCCAGCUGGGACUCUGCUCCUCUGCCUCGGCGCUGCCCCUCCACACGCUGCUCACGGAGAAGGUGACGCAGGUCCUGACCAUGCUGGGGGACAGGGAAGGGACCACGCCACUGUGCGAGAUGUGUCAGUUCGCCGUGAAGGCGGCCGAGAGCCUCCUGGAGAACAACGUGACGGAGGAGCAACUGGUGAACGACAUCGAGAAGGUGUGCUACAUGCCCCACGGCAUCAUCGGGCAGUGCAAGGACUUCGUCGACUCCUACGGCAAAGCCGUGGUCAUCAUGCUGCUGGAGGCCACCGACCCGGCGGCCAUCUGCACCAUGCUGCACUGCUGCCCCCAGAGCGGGGAUGCCCACCGAGGGACUGCUGCGCUGGAGCAGCUGGCGGUGGGUGCGGGCACCUUCUGCAAUGUCUGCCAGAUCGUCAUCACCUACUUCGAUAACGAGCUGCUGAAGAACGAUACGCUGGCGGAGCUGGGCGACGUGCUGGAGAAGGGCUGCGAGCUGCUGCCCACGCCGCUCACCGGCAAGUGCGAAGCGCUCGUGGUGCAGUACGAGCCGGCAGCCCUGCGGCUCCUCGUGCAGAUGAUGGACCCCACCUUCGUCUGCACCAAAAUAAGAGCCUGCGACUCACCCGAGGAAGAUCUCCUGGGCUCGGACCCCUGCGCCUGGGGCCCGCACUACUGGUGCAAGAACAUGGCCACAGCAGUCGAGUGCCACGCCGUCGAGCACUGCCAGCGUCACCUAUGGAACUAG